AUGGUGGUCAAAAUUAAAUCAAAUAUUCAUCCGGAGAUAAUCAAGUCCCGCGUGGCCCUCUUCAGCAGGACUUUGCGCCGGAUCGGUGAAAAUAGAAGUGCACGAACACCAGCCCGGAUCAGCGGAUGCCAGAGCCCCCCGACGUUGGAUCAGAAACUUCAGCACACCUCAGCGAAAGAAUUGAGGCAGAGGAUCUCCGGCCGCCCGAUCGUCUACACCGCGCUGAUCAACCGCCCUCGAUCUGGGCAUUGCCCCCUUCACCAAUACCUCUUCAAAGUCAAUCACCGGCUCGAUGGUCGGCCAAACCCAUAUUAUUUCAUCAGCUCACUCAAUCUAUGGGGAAGGGGCUAG